AUGACCCUUCAAGAAGGGAAACGGCACCCAAAGGCGUCGCCGUCAUCGUUCUUGUCGGCACAAGGCUUUCGCCUGAAGCAUCCCCAACCUGGUCGUCUCCGCAGAUGCCUGCGCUUGAUUCCAGCAACACAAGACCACCCCAUCCCCAUGCUAGUCACGGCGAGCGUCCCCGCCAGGUCCAGCAAGAAGCUCCGAAGACACGGCCGCUCACCUCGAGCAUCCGCACAAAAAGGAGUUAGAGCAACCUUGGCUGCCACCAGCACCCAACCUCCCACCACCGGCCACACGUCUCCACCACCGCCACAUCAUGCCCCGCCGGCAGCAUCCACCGCCGACCCCCCGGCCGUGGCCACGGAAAACCGCCACCCGAGCAAGCUGCUGCCACAGGAAAGGCCGGAUCUGGACGCCAUGAAGCCUCACAGACCAAGCAGAGCAGAUCACCUUCGCCACCACGCUGUCCGUGCCACCACGCCGCACCGCCCAACAUCUCCGCCCCGCCAUCAUCCUCCGGACACGGCCACCGGGAGCACCGGCAGAGCGAGUGAGCCGCUGCUCAAGGGGAGCCAGAUCUGGGCAUGGAGCUCCCCCAGAUUGAUGCGGCUGACCCGGACCACCGCCGCCCACGCCACCGUGCCGCUCGCGCCGCCUCCAAGCGCCACCUGCAGAGCAACGGUGGGCAGCGGCGUGGUGCGGGCGCGGCCAAGCGCUGGAGGGCGCGUGCGGGCACGCGGCCGGCGCGGGGCACACAAGGGCAGCAACCGGAGCGAGGCAGGACGAGGCCCGAACGCGGCGUCGCGAGCGACUGCAGGGCCUGAUGACGGCAGCAGCAAAGUAGCAGCUGCAUCAGCACAACAGCAGGCAGGGGAGGCGGCGCACGGCAAGCGGCUGGACACGCGCGGGGCGAGCAGAAGACCCCGGGCAGGCGCGACAAGUGCGGGGUCAAGGAGCCGCGGGCGCGUGACCAGGGCAUGGGGAGGACGGCAGAGCACGCGUGGGAGCGAGGUGGCUCAGACGCGCGAGCGCAGGCGCACAGGAGCAGACGGAGAGGUCCGGGCAGUGGUGACGUCCUACGGCGACGAGAAGAAAUAA